UUAAUAAAUACAAUGAAACAAACACAAUGUUUGGGUAAUGAAUGGCGCAGUGACCACCUCAAAAUUUAUUAUCAUAUACAAAAUAUCUCCUCUGCCUCAAUGUCCAUCAAACUAAAAUAAACACAAAGGACACUGCAUGGCACAAUCUUGAAUGUGUUCUGUAACAAAAUAAUCUACAAAAUAAAUACAACACGUUUAAGAUACUUAAACUAUUUAAAAACAAAAGUACAAAACAUUUGUGAAAGCACCAUUAAACGUCCGCUAGUGUGGCCACUACCCAAUCCGCGAUAAUUAGCUUUUAUAUUGACCGCCAAACCGAAAAACAACAAUUGUUAAACAUCCUAUUCGCACUCCCCAUGAUUACAGUUCGACACUAACAAUAAUUUUAUACUAACCGAAAUUAAUUUGCUACCAUAAUCAUGAUUAAAAUAUUUUUUCUUGUAGGAGGUGAAAUCACUUCAGAUGUGUGAACAAUAUGAUAUUAAUGAAAAUACCACUUGCUGUGCACCUGUUUGUUCAAAACUCGGUUUGAAUGGGUCAUGUGAUUUUCAGUGUCCACUCGGAAUGCAUCUGAUUUCAUCACAAAUGUAUCCGGAGACGUGUAAUUUAUCUAUUAGCUUGAUUAAUACAAUUAAAAACAUGUGCGUCUUGUCUUGUCCUAAAGACUUUGUACAAAUAACAAUAGUUAAUACGUCUACCUGUUUGGAAUGUGAUAUAUUUUGUGCCAUCGACUUUGGGUUCAAUCAGUUACCGAGUAAUUGUAUUUGUCUGGAGGAGACAACAUUGCCAACUUCAUUGUUUGAAACUACUGAAUUACCUCUACAAACUACCUCCGUCUUGUAUACAAAUACUGUUUUGAAAAGCAGUGCUCUAUCUUUAACAGUACUUAUUAUAUCUGGGAGUGCUGGAUUGGCCUUAAUUGUAGCUAUAGUAUCUGUUUUCUGCUGCUUCCGGUGGAGAGCUAAAUUCUACAAACUACAAAAGACGAUGCAAGUACCAAAUAAGAUUAAAUUGUCGAACACUUCCUCCAACCUAGACCAUGAUAUAGAAGCAGGAAAUACGUAUACAGAAAUACAAGGAAAUACUUACACACCGAUCGAUUCUGAGAAUUCUGAACCUGUCAAUAUUAAUACAACAGGAGAGGACAUUUGUGCAUAUGCAUGUAUCUGUGAUGAAAUAAAGGGAACUGAGAAUUUACAGAAUUUUUCCAAUGGAGCAAAUGGAUUUUCUGUUGAGGAAAAUCGAUAUGAAGAACUUCCAUGUAGGGUUAAGACAAAAGAAACACAGUUCGCUCAAAGUACCCAAAACGAAUAUGUAAGGACUAAAAAGAAAGGUAGGCACAAACAACAGUCAAGACAACAACAAAAGACAACUGCGGACGAUAACAAAUAUAUUUCCGUACAUGGACUAAAGAGACAAGAAGCAAAAGAAGUUGUUCAGGAAAAUUCAAAUACUCUACAAAUUCCUAGGAACGAUUCUCACUUGUCUACAGCUAAAUAUGAAUCGAUGCAUGUUAGUGACAAAAUUGACAUAAAUAAAUCACCUGACACUGCCAAAAGGCAAGAGAUGGGAUCAGAUUUUGUCCGAAAUGUUCCCCAAUCUACUACUAAAGACCAAGGCGUUGGUAAUAGUCUAGACCUGUCUACUGUAACUAUAAAAAGUAAUAGUACUGACGAGGAGAAAAGUAACAUUAUAUCACAAAAACAUACCAUUCUGGCGCGAAAUAAUCAAACAGACGUUUACGAAACUAUGGAUAACGUGAAAACUAACGCUAAAACAACAGACCAAUCAGCUUCCAGAAUGGUAAAAAAUGCAAGUGAGUGCAAUGCAGCUGCGUUUAAAGAACCUUAUCAUUCAGAAACAUUGGAUAUUCCCCCAGAAUCAGUUGGCGAUCUCAAUCUGCGCAGCAAUAGUUUAGAAGAUGCGUACUCGUUCAAUUUUAUACCUUUUAAGAAAACAUCUUCAAAUCCUGUAGGUAUUAAUCCUCCGAAUAAAAGGAUGGAAAAACCAAAGGACAAGAAGUUCGAUGCAUUUGAAAAUAUAUUCCCAAACACCACGGGAAAUAUAAUGCCUGAGGAACAAGUGUACGAAAAUACAACAAUAUUUCGCAAACCAACUUGUUCGAAAACUAACACUAAAAUCGAGUCUACGUUUUCUAAUAAUGAUAAUCUUACAGUUCAGAAUAAAGAUGAGAAAGAGAUUCUUAUUAGAUGUCAUUCUAAUGGAGAAAAUGAAUCAGAGGUGAUUAAAGCUGCAGCAAUUGCAGAAUGUCAUUCUAACGGAAAAAGUGAAUCACAGGUGUUUAAAACUGCAGAUGUUGCAGGGUGCCAAUUAAACGGAAAAAGUGAAUCAGAGGUGUUUAAAACUGCAGAUGUUGUAGGGUGCCAAUUAAACGGAAAAAGUGAAUCAGUGGUGUUUAAAGUCGUAGCCAUUGCAGGGUGCAACUCCGAUGAUGAAAUAGAAUCGGAAAACCUUCAAGCUGUAGCCAUUGCAGGGUGUCAACUCAAUGGAGAAAUGGAAUUAGAGGACUUUAAAACUGCAGAAUCCCGUUUGAAGCAUUGCGCAUCGUUUCAAAAUAAACUUAAACAAAGACUUGAAAAGUUGAACAAAAAUGGCGACAGUGAAUCAUCUGAUGAGGAAACUUUUUAAACAUUAAUUUCAAACCAUUUAUAAAAGAAAAUAAUAUGAAAUCUGCUGUAUAUUCAAAUUAAUGCAAAGACUAUCUUAAGGAUGUUCUCUGAUCUUCCUUUUGACAGAUUUUCGGAAUCCUCUGGUUUUAUCCAUAUGUCAUUAAAAAUUAAUCCCGCUAACCCCUACUUUUUCUUUUCAUAAUUUUAUUACAAAUAGUUUAAAAAGUAAUUUAUUAAAUCUUAUAACAUC